CCGCGGGAGCUCCGGGGGGACAGCAGAGGGGGUUCAGUGGGGGGGUGAUGGUCAGGGCGCACGGCCACCCCGGCUGGACUUUGGCGCAGCGUGAUUCAGCGCCUCAUUCAUCCCAAUAAAGCGAUGAUGGUGGUGAUGCUCUGCGGCCAGAGCCAGCGACCACCCUGCAACCUCGUUCAGUCUCCACCUCGCACGCGGGAUGCGUCGUGGGUUCCCCACGGGCUCUUCGGACAGCCUUGAAUCCAGCCUGCGUUUCGCCGCACCGGGGUCUGCGCGCACGCCGCGCCCGUUCUGAUCCAAACCAGAGAAGAGGGGACGACAGGGGUUUUGGGAAAGAUGUUGGCGAGAUGCUACCGGGCCAAGCUGUCGGUGUGGGCCGCGCUGUGCGUCCUGGUGCUGUGCUGGUUCUACGUGUUCCCGGACUACCGGGUCCCCCGCGACAAAGAGAUCGUGGAGGAGGUGCUGAGGCAGGGGGACGCGUGGCGCAAGAACCACACCGGCAUCGAUUUGUACAGAAAGCUGCUGACAGAAUGCUGCGACCCGAGGCGGAUGUUUGCGGUGACCAAGGAGAACUCGCCACUGGGCAAAGUGCUGUGGUACGACGGCGAGUUUUACCACUCGCACACCGUUAACAACGAGACCUACUCGCUCUUUGUACAGGAGAACCCGCUGCAUCUGCCCCUGAAGAAGUGCGCAGUGGUGGGCAACGGGGGCAUCCUCCGGCACAGCAAGUGUGGACGGGACAUCGACCAAGCCGACUUCAUAAUGCGGUGUAACCUUCCCCCCUUGUCAAAGGAAUAUGUGGAGGAUGUGGGAACAAGAGCCCAUCUGGUGACUGCCAACCCCAGCAUCAUUGAGAAAAGGUUCCAGAACCUUCUAUGGUCCAGAAAAGCUUUCGUGGACAGCAUGAAGGUCUACGGCUCCAGCUACAUUUACAUGCCAGCCUUUUCCAUGAGGCCCGGCACUGAUCCGUCCCUGCGGGCGUACUACGCUCUGGCCGACACCUCCUCCAACCUCACCAUGCUCUUUGCCAACCCCGAAUUCCUGCGCACGGUCGGCAAAUUCUGGAAGGGCCGCGGCGUGCACGCCAAACGUCUCUCAACGGGGCUCUUCCUCAUCAGUUUGGCCCUGGGCCUCUGCGACGAGGUGACGGCGUACGGCUUCUGGCCCUUCUCUGUGGGCCUGGACGAGCAACCGGUCAGCCACCAUUACUACGACAACAUCCUGCCCUACAAGUGGUUCCACGCCAUGCCCGAGGAGUUUGUCCAGCUGUGGCAGCUGCACAAAAGUGGCACCCUGCGCAUGAGGGUGGGCCACUGUCCCCCUCAGAAUGGAGGGAGUUAGAGAGAAAAGGGAAGGGUCCGCUGAGGCUUUGUGGGGUUUCAGGCAGCAGAUGAAGACAUUUGGGGGGGGGGGUCAAAGCAGAAGACGGUUGUCACUCAGUGAGGUGAAGUGUGUAUUUUCCUCUGAGGAUUUUCUUUUACUGCAUCUGUAUCCACACACUUUCCUACAGUCCCCCGACGUAAUCCCUUGAAAUUUACACUAAAACACGCUGACACAUGCAGGCAUAUACACACACACUGACAAACAAAAAGCGUAAAAUGUUCAUACAUUCCCCAAACUGGCCAGACCUCUCUCCUAGAAUAUAUGUUUGUGUGUAUUUCCUCAGAAAGCCUAAGCUGUGAAUAGGUGUGGAGGUUGGGCCUUUGUACACUGAAGACUGUAUCUGACAUAUGGGGCAGCUGGAACCAACCCCCCUCUGGGUUUUUGUCAAACAGAGACACAGGGAGUGGAAGACCAAGGGGGUAUGAUAAAACCCACUGAAAGAGUAAAAAAAGUACGAAGAUCAUGGGAGACAUAAUGGUGUCCUGGUACCUAGUGGGUUGAAUAGGAGUGGAAUUUAAUGGAGAGAAAAAAAACUAAAUGGCAUGGGGUCCAAGCAGUGAAAGCUGCCUGGUGUGUGUGUAAGAAAAGAUCUGUCUCAGUUUUUCUGCCCAACACUGCUCGAGUGGCAUUCUCUGUGGUGCCUGAAAGAGCUGUAGCUCAAAGCAGGAGCCAUUAGAAAUGAAGUCUUACGAACUAUAUCCCCAUGAAUGUUUAGCCAAGUUGCAUUUUCACCCUUUACUAAAAAGGGAAAAAAAGAGUACACUCAAGUGUAUGCAUGUUGUUUUAGUUUGGCAAUUGUGAUUUUUUUUUUUACUGAUCUUUUUUUUUGGGAGUUUAAUGUGAAUUUAAAUUUAUCUGUACCAUCAAUCAUCAAAAGAAUCUGAAAUAACUAUUUUCAGCAAGACAAAAAAAAUUCCACACAGGUACCUCACCGUUCAUUCAAUGCUGAUCAUAUCUGACUGGCUCUUUGGUAUCACUCUGACACUAACAGGCACUUCAGUUGAACACAAACUAACCCACUUGUUUAGAGAGCCUGCUGGAAGUCAUCUCUUGGUAACUGUACUAUAGUUGUCAAGUGCCAAGCCAAGGGAACAGUAGACUCUUUGAUACAGUGUGCACUAAUGUUUGUGCUUGUGGUCUGACAUGAGGAACGGAGGAUUUUCAUACAGGUAGUGACAUAAUGAAGACUCUAUGUCACAUUCUGUAAGUGUUUCUUUUUUUUUCUCAAUUCCACGUUUUUUGAUGGACAUCCAUUUGUUUAAAUAGACUUUAUUUUAUUUUCACUUUGCAUCAGAAUGCAGGAAUUCUGAGCUUUGACGCGGUGUUCCUUUUGUUUUGUUUUAUAAGUACUGUUUUGCUUUUUAUGUUGCACAAAGAAAGAGCAAGGCAGGAUUCACACGAUCAUAAUGCUUUAACCCUGAGUGCGGGGUGGGCAUUCUGCUUGGAACUGUAGGGACAAUCUGUGAGAUCAGACACUAGACUGGUUAGACUGUUUGGCCUCUCCACUGCCACUUCAAAAAGGUAGGCUAUAUUCAGUUGCUACAACAUGCUAUGCGAGCAAAGCUGAGCAACAGCCACUCUAUUUUAUUUUGAAGUGAAUUUGGAAGUCAAAAUGUUUGAAUUGAAUAGGAGUGAGUCUGGCCAAGCUCGCUCAUGUGGUGGUUGACAGAGCUGACUUGUAUUUUUUGGUCUUCUGGGUGAAAAACGGUGUGCUUAUUCGAUUUUACAAAUUCCUUUCUUUAAUGUUAUUUAAAAUAGAGAAAUGUUAUUGUGCCAUACUUAUUAUAGUGCAACAAAAGGUUAACUCUGCAUGGGGUGUGCAUGGAGUGUACCACAAACCUCAGACUCAAAGUAGGUUAGUGCUUUAUGUUCUUUUCCACUCUUGAACAGAAUGAGGUCCAGUGCCUUUUGAGAUGUGCGGAAGUAGAGCUCUGGGUCGUUUUGAUUUAGUGUGUUUCCCAUUAAUGUGACAUUUGAGGCUCAAAGAGCUGUGAGACUUAAAUGCAACAGGACGUGAUGAAAGACAGCAUCUCCAUGAAGAACUGCUGUAAUCUUAGAAGGAGAACUAUUAUUGAAGUGGCCCCUGCCGGAAUAUUGACGUGUUACAGAAGAGAUGAGUUCAGGCUCUGUCACAGACGCAGAUUGGUCUGCCAUUUCCCCAAUGAUUUCCAUGUGUGUGAAGUCAUUCAAAUAUACAAGGUUCAAAUCAUAGAAAAUGGACGGCAGAAAGGAGGGAGCUCAGUCUUCAGACUUUAAAAUGGGUCACUUUUGGAGUAUGUUGUUUUAUUUGUUCAACCCAAUAUGUGACUUUUAUUUACUCAUGAACUACUCUGACCAUUUCCUCUUCUGGGUUUGUUCGUUAUAGUCUAAGGGAUUCCACCCCUUCCCCGCCGUGAGGAAAAUCAGAAGUUUAUUUAUUAAUUAUAAAAUGAAAUGGUUUCCAUCAAUUUCGUUGUUGUAAGGGGGCUUCAGAAUAUUUUCCACAUGGCUGAAAACAGAAAAACACCCUGAAAAAGGACACAAAACUAAGUUUUUGGGCCACAAGCAAAAGAAAAGCAGAUAAGUGUUUUUUUCCUUCUUACUUUGUGUAAUAAAUAGAAGAAAAAAACGCUGCUCAUUCAUGUAAUUUGUUAUUCUGGAGCGUUUUCACCUGUUCUGCAUCAGCUGCUUUUUAAUAAGGCAGAAAUCAUACAAACACCUCAACAUUUUACUAAAUUAGGCAAACAUUAAAUAGUUGUGCUUCAAAGCGUGGCUCCUUUCACAAACCAAAGACCAAAAAGAGCUUUUCUCACUGGCAGGAGAGAGUACAUAAGGCAUUUAUUUUCCCUGAGCUACUGAUUUGUAAGUUACUUACCAUUUCACUAAAGGUGGCAUGUAAAGAAGAUUUAAGCAAACAGUUGUUUUUUCUUUUAUUGUUUAUUUGUGUUAUGACAAGCAAGCUCAAGCAAAGCCAAGCAUGCAGGCAGCAGUUGUACUUUUAGAAUCUGAAGAAAGUAAAGCAAUCCAUUGAAUCUCUUUUGCAUUUCGAAAACAAAACUGAACUCAAGCUGGUCAAAGAUAUAUGGUGCUCACAUGCUGCUUUCUGCGAUAUUAGGGUUAAAUAUUUCUUCCACUUUGACAACUAAAUUAAUGGGAGGUAAAACAGGAUUCCAAGAAACACUAAAUGUUCUGUGAAUUCAAAAUGUGACACUUCUAUUGCUGAAUAUAUUUGCUUUUCCUUGCAAACCUUGGCUCAUCGGAUUAAUUGGAGAAGAAGUCAGAUAAAUAACCUUCAUCAUUAUUGUCAAUUUGAUGCAAAUUAUGCUCAAUGGGACCAAAUUAUGAUGUUAAACAAGAUUUGGAAAUUAACUUUGUGCAUGUUUUUUGAUAAAUGGAUUGAGAAUGGUACUUAAGAUUAUUAUUUGCACCUUUUAUUUUUUUGUCAUUGCUCAGUUUGUGAAUGAAUGAGAAAUGUGAAUCAUGAUUAAGCAUGAGGAUUUCCAAACGUGUAUGUAUGUGCUUUUGGUACAAUAACCUUUAUCUGUGUUCAUCUGUCCUGACAUGUGCGCCCAUGCAUUUUGUCCUUUUUUGUAAUUUUGUGAAAACUUAAACGAGUAUCUGAUGUAAAUAUUGAUCUGUUGGUCAUAUUUUUUUUUGUUUUUUUAUUUUCAAGAUGUCAUCAAAUACACAUGUUUAAAAGCUAUCUCAUUGAGCUUCUUGCUGCAACCUGCACAGCUUACAUUAACAUUCCAGAUGCAAGUUUAGGCCCUGUUGUGAAUAGAUGCCUUUAUAUUACCAACACUGUUUUGCUUGGAGCAUUUACCCUGUGAUUGUGUUGGCAGCCUUUCAGAAGUGAUGUCACGGUCCUUCUGUUCAGUUAAUCGGCAUUUGGGCAAUUUGUUGUAAAUGUAAAGAUCAGCAUGAGUUCCUCCUUCACAAAGACAUCCACUGGUAAGAAAAGACUUGCCUUGAAAAGUAUUCAGAUAGGUCUUCCAGAGGUUUUAAGCACCAUUGGUUCUCAAAAUGCCAAAUUGCAAUGACCACACAGACAGAUCUGAUGCUUCUAGACAUGAGUUCAUAAACCGGUGGGUGAUGUCAAGGCACCUACUGUAUGUCUAAAAGUAAACUAGGAUUUAAAAUCUAAUGUGUUGGUCUCAUCUUGCUCUUAUACCUGCCCUUUAAAGCAGAACUCUGUAAGCCUGAGGAAAGAUUAAAUUAGCUUUACAUUUUUAAUGACUGCAAAUGCCCACCACCUUCCUCUCUGCUGUGCUUUAGCUCUAAAAGCACACGAUGCAGAGCACCUUCUCUGAACUUUUCCUUUUAUCAUUCUAUUUAUCAUUCAUUUUUGGCUUGACAGAUCCUUGCACAUUGCCGUGGUAAAUUGACUAUUUCCGCUAAGGUAAGCUUCUAGUCUGUAGUGUAUCACUAAGACAGUGGACGGUGAUUAUAUACACUGAAUUCCUAAAAAGGACAUCAAUAUCUUUUUAGCUGACUAUGUGAGGUCUAAAACAUUUGGCAGGCUUGAGGUCUUUUUAAACAUCAAGCCUGUUUGAAUUUAUUAAGCUACAGUCUGUGUCUGCAGGACAGUCUCAUGGUCAUGGAAAAAGUCAUCUGUGGCUGGCAAUUUUUGCUUUAUCUUAUUGAAAUUUUAAUGCCCAAUUCCUCUUCCCUCAGUUUUCCUUUCUAAAUGAAUAAUCUUUGAUUUGUUGCGUCUUCAUAUACAUGUUUUGACGUAGUCAUUAUCCAAAAAAGGAGGAUUCAGGAAGGAAAGUGAACUGGAAGCAACCAUGGCCUUGUACAAGACAAACACUGCAAUCCAAUAAAAAAAAAAUGGUAAAACAUCCUGGGAUGUGUGGCUUCCUUCAAGAAUGUUUUGAUGUUGGAAGGGGGCCAUGUGUUCCUCUCACAUGUUCUGUAUCUUACAUCCAAUCUGAAACUGAAGAAAAAUGCAGAGCAGCUUUAUACAUUUACACAUGCAUAGUGCAUGUCUUACUAUUGUUUUUGUUCUUAACAUGUGUGCUAUGUGUGUGUGGAUGCACUCUGCUUACAGAGUUUAUACAGCGGUUUUGAACAUGUUUGCUCCCGGUGAUUUCCGUCAGUCAGAGACUGCUCACCAGAGCCCCGUCUGCGUGGCCUGCUUUUAUGGGCCAUGAAUUUUUAAAGACACGUCAGCAAAAACUGCACAGCUGUGGCUCAGGCCCCCUCUUUCCUGCUGGAUUUUUGCCUUUCACAUUUGCUGUAUUUCUAAUCAAACCCAAAUUUGUCUGCCUGGUUAGGAGAGAUAGCAGAGAGAUUUAAUUAGAGGGAUUCAAAAGAAAUUUGGAAUGCAGAUUAAUGUGGGCUAUUGCAUGUUUUAGAUGCCCCAGAGGAUUUUUUUUCUCUGUGUUUUUGCCUUUUGGAUAUCUUUUUUAAUGAACAUGUUCUGUGAAACACUUUGGCCAUAAUAGUUUUAAUAAUCCUAUUUAUUUUUCCACCCUCUUGUCCCAGACAUAGGUCAGCAUUUGAAUCCAAUUGGAACAGGCACGGCAGCCAAACUGAUUAUAAUUUAGGAUACAUGAAAGACUAAGAUGUCAGCAGAAUUUAAGAUUGUAUCCCUCUGUCUUGACUUGAAAUAUUUACUAAUAAUAUAUCAGAGCACUUAACAAACAGGAGUAGUAGUAUUCAUCUUGUUAGUAUCUGGAUAUGUGAACUGGGCAUGUUCCUGUUUUUGCUUUAUUUUUAACUUUAAAAGCAACACCCCAAACAUACAGGCCUCACCUUUCUUCAGUGCUACGUCUUAUUUUCAUAACGUGUACGCCAAAAAUCACUCUACAGAAGCCUAAAUUUAAAGUAUGAUGUUCUGUUAACAUAUAAAUGCUUUAGUAUUCUAAAUACAUUGUACAAUUUUAUUUCUUUCUUAAACUUUAGCAGAUCAUUUUAAACUCGUGUUACAAAGGAAAUCUGUAUUCAUGGAGCCCCAGCCUAGCAGAAACUCUAUGAGUGGUGACCAACUCUAAACAUUAUUUUGGAUGGCGAGAUCACCUCCUUAAAGUCUAUAAUGAAAGGCUAAAAAGUGCUUUGAGGCUGUCUGGCUAAAUCUAGUUUUUAUGUGCUUCAGCAGAACUGAUGCUUUCCCUCUGCAAGAUGGCUCUCUUGUCCUUUAGCUUGUUUUUUAUUAAUGGGGAACAUACAGUUUAUUCUCUGUUAAACUGAUAACAGCGUGAAGUGACGCAUCUGUGUAUGAAUAUCCAAUUAGAACCCUGGAUUUUGUGGUCUGUGUUCUCACCUUAAGUAAUCUGCUUUAAACAUGAUGUCCUGCAGAUGUCAAAUAAAUACAAAUUAAAAAA